UUCCAAAUACUGCUAAUUUUCUUUCCCUGCCCCCUCCAUUUCCACUCUGUAAUGUAUAGUCAUAAAGCCUCCAAAACAUAAUCACACUCUUAUGUAUAACAAUCCACAACCGAACUGCACCAACAAAAUUUAAACAAAACCCAACAAAAGAAAUUUCAUUACUCAUUUGCAAACCAUCAGUCUUUAUCUUUCAUUUGCUCUUCUUCUUCUCUCUCUCUCUCUCACUCCCCUCCCCCCCCCCCCCAUUAAAUCUUUUGUUCAUUCAUUCAUUCAUUUAUCCGUCAUCAUCCUCUUCCUCUCACUCCCAACCAAACCAAACCCUUCUUUCUUCUCUCUGUGUUUGUUUUUCUGAACAAACAAAAACAACACGCAAUUUGUUUUUCCAUCUAUUUUACUUGUUUUCUAGCAACAAUUAUCAAUGACUCGCUUAUUUCGAUCCAAAUCGUGCGGACACGUCAGAGUUUCGGAAUUCAAGCCACCGCCACCGCCGCCGAGCUCUUAUUACGAUAGUGAUGACGAGGAGGAAGAAGAAGAGGAGGAGGAGGAAGAAGAUGACGAUUAUUAUGGAGAUGGGGUUGGGAUUAAGGUAAAUGAAAAUCGGUUUGGCUUGGUUUUGAGAAAUUCAGUGUGUGAUAGUGAUGAGGAGAAGCAGGAAGGAGCUACGAGGCAGAGUAAUAACGGGAAUCAAUUUCCGAUACUUGACAUUUUGGUAACGGCAUUGAGGAAAUCGUUGGUUACUUGCAGUGUGGAACCGGAUGAUGUUUCUUCCAUGGAUAUUAGCUCGCCUGUGAAUGUGAGACAUGUUUCUCAUGUUACUUUUGACAGAUUCAAUGGGUUUCUGGGUUUGCCUACAGAAUUCGAACCUGAGGUGCCAACCAGAGUUCCAAGCGCCAGUGCUAGCGUUUUUGGAGUUUCUGCCAAGUCAAUGCAGUGUUCUUUUGAUGGUAGAGGAAAUAGCGUGCCAACAAUCCUUCUUAUGAUGCAAAAGCGGUUGUAUUCAGAGGGAGGUCUAAAAGCAGAAGGAAUAUUUCGAAUAAAUGCCGAGAAUAGUCAGGAAGAGUUUGUCCGAAACGAACUAAACAGUGGCGUGGUGCCACGAGGCAUUGAUGUUCACUGUUUAGCAGGCUUGAUCAAGGCAUGGCUUAGAGAACUUCCUACAGGAGUGCUUGAUACACUAACCCCAGAACAAGUGAUGCAUUGCAACACAGAGGAAGAUUGCUCUCAACUUGUUAAACUACUCCCUCCCAUGGAAGCUGCUAUCCUUGACUGGGCUAUCAAUUUAAUGGCAGAUGUUGUGCAGCACGAAAAAUACAACAAGAUGAAUGCACGGAACAUUGCGAUGGUUUUUGCACCGAACAUGACUCAGAUGGCUGAUCCUUUGACUGCACUAAUUCAUGCUGUACAAGUAAUGAACUUGUUAAAGACCCUUAUUCUUAAGAUCCUUCAAGAAAGGGGAGAAUCAGAGGCCAGGCAGCCAUCAUGCUUGGAUUCUCCCAACCCCAAGAUCAAUAUGAAACCUUCAAACUCAACCAUUGGCAAAUAUGCCAACCAACCGCCUAGCGCAAUUGAUGACGUGAAAUGUACCAGUUUCGAUAGAGCUGACUACACUUCGGGUGGGAAAUUCGAAAGCUUUGAAGAGAAAGAAGAAGAAGAAGAAGAAGAAGAAGAAGAGCAAUACCAUUCUGCAUCUGGAAGAAGUACUCCGGUUCGAUAUGGAACCGGGACAUUACAACAAAGUGGAUAUGAAACAAGCGACUGGCUAAGUUUGAGAAAAGGGGUGAGGAAGAUAUGCAGGCACCCAGUAUUUCAGCUAAGUAAGUCAAGUAAGAAGAGUAGAAGUUUUGGAGUUGUGAGUUGUAAGUAUUAGGAAAAGAAGAGGAAACUGACUGCUAAAAGUAUGUGUAAGUGUCCACAUAUUGCUUAGGCUUGUUUGUGUAAACAGUUGUAAUAAUAAUACAGAUGCGAGUGUUUGAUUAUCGGAUAAAUUUCAAAAUUCAAAUGUUGUUGUAAAACGCGAGUGCUUUAGAGCUUUAGAGAAAGAAGACUGGGAAACCACAUUUUAGUC